GUACAUCCCACAAGCUGUCGCCCAGUUGCAAAGCCUACAACGUCUGUUCAACAACGAGCUAGGGAAAGCGGGUGGCGCUCGCUGAUAUAAAUCUGGAGUGGUUUGUCAACGUAUCGAUAGGGAAACACAGGUACAUCCACUUACCAAUCAUGGGGCAUGAUGUCAGCUGCAUACAAGGUGCAUCAAUCCCUCCGCUCAGCAUAUCGUGCGCCUAACGCGCUGACAAUUGAUCGACGUCCCGCUAGAGCAGGAGAACCACCUGCUCGACCUCGCCUCGAUCUUACAUGGCGUGUUCGUUUUCCAACUUGAGGCGCGCCAGUUGGACAAGGUAGCAACGACUAGGGUUGAAUAAGUUUAGGGAACAAACACUUGUGAAGUUUGCUGGCCAAGCAGUCGAAUGUUCGCAUUCUAUUGUCACUUAUGCACGGGACAAGAGCAUUUAGGCGCUUGCCACAUAAAACACCAGCGUGAGAUACAAGAACCGACUAGAGCGAUAUAUUUGAGGCGUUCGCGGUGGAUUGGCUUUGGUGUUGGAGAUCGUGACCGAUCCAUACGCGACCCACUUCAUGACACACAUGUUCUCGCCUGAAGUAUCUCGCCUCCACGGCCUAUGACAACACUAUGGAUCUGAAGCGCUGCUCUUAUGGGUCAAAGGCGACUGGUACCGAGAUUGCAGGCCCGGCGACAAGAAUAGAACGCCCAUUCUAUAUCCAACACUACUGCGGAUCAGGUCUACGUCCCAUCACUUCUACACCUGUGCCUCGUCCGAACCAAGAGAUGACUGUUGUGUGCCUCGCGUGCACGUGACCUGUCUGUUGUGGUACCUCGCCUCCAAUGACUUAACACAGGUAACGCGUCCAUUGCUCGCCUCUCUCCUUCCCCACGCCUUCCUCCAUCCAUUCCUCGUGCAGCAUGAGCCGGUCUCUCUCACUCCUCCUCCUCCUCUUAACAGCGCAGGCCCGCCCACUCCCUCUCCUACCUCGCCUCACUCUCUCCUAUGGAUUCUGGCACGAUCCAGGCUACUCCUCCCCUCCUCCUCAAGCGAGGGCCGUCACCCUCCCAGUCCCUCCCUCGCUUUCCCCUACCCAAUCAGGUCAGGCACCACCCACGCUGAGCGUCGGGUUCGACCUCCUCCCCACGUCAGCGACAGAAGGAUGGAUGUACGGCGUGGACGGCAUGCGUGUGGGCGUCGUAACCCCUACCGGUAUGACCAGCACAAGCACAACCCCGCAUACCACUUCCCACUCCACGUCCAGCUCCCACACCCCUUCGCCAAAGCCUGACCUCUCCCUCUCCUCGAGCUCGAUUCCCUCCUCUCCCAUCACCACCCAUACGCCCAGCUUGACGCACACCAUGCCUACGCCCACCUUCUCCUUCUCCGGCAUAGUCUUAAUCUCUGUCUCUGCUACUACUGUCACAGACUUCGUCACCGUCACCGUCGACGAUAUCGUCACGAGUUUCGUAACACGCACAGUGGUGCAGACUGCUGUCCCUGUGAGUGUCAGCUCAGGCUCUACCCGGCCGGCGAGUGCGACCUCUGGAUCUAGCUCUAGCCACUCGAGCGAGCACGCGUCUUCCAGCUCCAGCUCUUCCCACUCGAGUUCACACUCGGCGUCCUCGAGCUCCCACGCCUCGCCGUCCUCAACAUCUCAUCUCCCAAGCUCCACCCACUCCUCCACAGCGUCUUCUCAUUCCUCCAGCACACAUACCACCUCCCACAGCUCGGGACCGAGCACCACUCCUGCUCCUACCGCGACUACCACAGCAACAGGAGAUGAUGGUGUGUGCGAAGAAGAAUGGGAGUGGGUGGAAGAUGAGGGCGAACCGGUGCAGUAAUCUCCCUACUGGCACUUUUCGGGCUUGCGGGGACUACGCACUCGUUUCGAUGGACUUGGGUUGGAUGGGUCGCUCUGGGCUGUCGACGUCCAGGCCUCUGCCUCGCGUUCUUUCUUUUCUCGGACUGCUACUCGGACUAGCUCCCUUCGCUCGCUCGCUUUCCCAUCCACUCCGUCAUUCAUCCCGAAACGACAGAGCCGGAA